GUAGUCCCGCGUCGCGCAUGAACCGGGACGUUCCCCAAAUUCUUCCAACUUCAACCUUUUGCGACAAGCACUCAAAAUUCUAACUCUCGCCCGGUGCCACCAGGCAGAUUAUACGAUCCUUAUGAUUCUAUUCUAUUAGACUUUAGCAGAGGGCAUAUGUCCCAGUCCACACAUUUUUCUCAAUUUCUCUGAAUUUCCUUUUCGUAUUCAAUCCGCCAUAAUCACAAAAUGGGUAUUUGCGCCUCCUGCCUCGGCCACCGGCGCCGCGAUUCCUACGAUGAAGAUGAUGUAUCCCGACUACUUUUCGACGACCCGAAUAAUCUCCAGUAUGGAAGCUUUGGCGAACAUAAUUUAAACGCUCAAGCUGACCCGCUUGAGUCGCAACGAGAAGUAGAAGCUCUGCAGAGGGUAGUAGCGCGGACGUCUAACAAUCUUGUCGACGUCUUUGAAAUCACCUCACAGGAGUCUCAGAGGACUCAGCCUGCUUUAUUCUCAGGGCAAGACGCCCGUUUAGCCCGGUACCAAAACAUAUUAUCCAAGCUUUCGCGAGAAGGCGAAACUCCCCCCACAGACAGUGCUUUCGGCGCCAUAGACUGGUUAUUAGACGAUGACGAUACUAUCGAGAUACAAGUCAAACCUCCCAGUAUCAAGGAUGAAGUAGGGGGCUUACUUGUGGGUACCUUUGGAGAUAUAAAUGCGACGCGGCUAUAAAGAGUGCUGGUUUUGAAUGGGUUAAUGACGCAAGUCUACCCAUACGGAUGCCCAUUUGACUCCGCCUAUUGAUAGCAGAAUACGAGCCGAUCAAAGACCGAUUUGGUAAUGGGUUUUUCUAUGACCUAGCCAAGAUUCGUGGGGGGUCUUAUUCUAGUCCGGUCUUGGGUUAUACAGCAGGGGAAAGCAAGAUUCACAUAC